AGAGCCUUGACUGCUUAGCCUUUCUCGUGCGGUCCCUGACCCACCGGCUGGUCUCCAUGCCCAAACUGCUCGCCCCAUUGGACCACAGCCGAGGAGCCAAAUCCAAUCACUUCGCGAAGUCGCGUCGCAGAUGACCUGGGGGUGAUGAGGGAAUGAAUGAUGGCGAAGAACAAGUCCGCAUGGCGGAAGGUCUAUAAAACGGACUUUCCACACACCCUCUCUUCACGACUCGCACUUCUCUCUCUCUCUCUCUCUACACCGCCCCCAUGUCGUCGCACGGCCCCGUCCCUUCGUCCUCCUCGAAAGUGUGGAUCGACCCCGCGCUACUGCCAAGCGACCUCGAGACGGAUAUCGCGUCCGUCGCCGGCAACGCACCCGACGGCGUGAAGCAGCUCGUCGUCAACACGUUCUAUGCGUACGGCGUCGGCACGUCCCCGGACACGUUCGGGUACCGCGUCGGCCGGGCGACGCGGUGGGUCGACAUGAGCGUGUCUGCGGCCGAGCGCCAAGCGAGUGUGAAGAAGGGAAAGCAGCGGAUGGAGGCUGUAACCGUAGCUGAGGUCACCGUGAGUAAAGAUAUGCUGAAUGGUGCUGGAAUGCUGCACGGCGGCUGCCUCACCUACCUCAUCGACAACUGUGCAUCGACGCCUCUCAUCGUUCUCGGUCUUUUGUCGGGGAUGAACGGCGUCGGCGUCACGCAGUCCAUGAAUGUCCUGUUCCAUGCUCCAGCCCCACUCGGCACGCGGCUCAGAAUCACUUCGUCGACAAUUGCACUCGGAGGCCGGGUUAUGACUGCACGGUGUGAGAUUACGGAUGACCGGAGCGGUCGCGUGGUAGCAUCCGCCUUCCUGAACAAGAUGCAGCCGCAGACGACUCAAUCGAAACUAUAAAAGCUUGUGUCGACUCUGCGUGCGUAAAGCGCCUGUAGUUGCUAUGUAUGCCUGGCGGCGGAUUCCGGAUUCCAUGGAUAUAGAAGGAUUUAAGGUUAUUUAGCGGAUUGGAAACGUAUGCAUUUUUCUGCGUUGGAUUUAGCACUUCAGAGCACCGCGCUUCGAGUCUACUUCCCGAGAGCCCUUACGAGAUGACUUCGUGGGAAAGUGAUGAUUCCGAGAAUUCUAUGCCGGAUCGACGGUUCCCACGAUCCGGUCCUUCGACAAACCCGGGUUUCCGCAGGAUGCACACGAAGUGCAAGUCCGACAUCGGCAGGGUUUUCCCCCGUGGCCAUUCUCACUGGAACGCAAAGCCAUCAUAUCCGGCAGAUACUGAUGAUGGCCAAUCUGCGUGCGUAAGCCUGUAAUGUCAACGCCGAUCUCUUCCUAUUAUGGACACUCCUUGUUCGACAUUCUGUUUCAAACUGAAUGAAUAGGCAAUGAAUGUCAGGACGCUUCGAGUUUCAUGUAUCCUAG